UCCUCUCCCUGCGCACCAGGGGUGGGGGGGAACAGAGUUUCCUUCCAAAGACCUUUCUUUUAUCUGAAGCCUCACAGCCCAGCAGGCUGCACUUGGCGGAGCCAGUCACAGCAGCCGAAAGCCAGCAAGCAGCCUCAGCGAGGAGACUUGCUGGGGUGAGGAGGGCAGGUGUUGCCAGCCCUGGAGAAGAAGGGCCUGGUGGCCCUCAGCCCUUGGUGUCAUCACAGGGGAACCCUCUGGCUACUGCAGACAGCACCAUGUGGGCCCCAGGGCAUCAUCGGUUCUGGUUCCACUGGGGGCUGCUUUUGCUGCUGCUCCUCGGGGCUCCCCUUCGAGGCCUAGCGCUGCCACACAUCCGAUACUCCCAUGCAGGCAUCUGCCCCAACGACAUGAACCCCAACCUCUGGGUGGAUGCCCAGAGCACCUGCAAGCGAGAGUGUGAAACAGACCAGGAAUGUGAGACCUAUGAGAAGUGCUGCCCCAAUGUGUGUGGGACCAAGAGCUGCGUAGCAGCCCGCUACAUGGAUGUGAAAGGGAAGAAGGGCCCUGUGGGCAUGCCCAAGGAGGCCACGUGUGACCAUUUCAUGUGUCUGCAGCAGGGCUCCGAGUGUGACAUCUGGGACGGCCAGCCUGUGUGUAAGUGUAAAGACCGCUGUGAGAAGGAGCCCAGCUUCACCUGUGCCUCUGACGGCCUUACCUACUACAACCGUUGUUACAUGGACGCCGAGGCCUGCUCCAAGGGCGUCACACUGUCUGUGGUCACCUGCCGCUAUCACUUCACCUGGCCCAACACCAGCCCUCCUCCGCCCGAGACCACUGUACACCCUACCACCGCCUCUCCAGAGACUCUCGGGCUGGACAUGGCCGCCCCGGCCCUGCUCAACCACCCCGUCCAUCAGUCAGUCACUGUGGGUGAGACUGUGAGUUUCCUCUGUGACGUAGUAGGCAGGCCUAGGCCAGAGCUCACUUGGGAGAAACAGCUGGAGGAUCGAGAGAAUGUGGUCAUGAGACCCAACCACGUGCGUGGUAAUGUGGUGGUCACCAACAUCGCCCAGCUGGUCAUCUACAAUGCGCAGCCCCAGGAUGCAGGUAUAUACACCUGUACAGCUCGGAAUGUCGCUGGGGUCCUGAGGGCUGACUUCCCAUUGUCAGUGGUCAGGGGAGGUCAGGCCAGGGCCACCUCAGAGAGCAGUCUUAACGGCACAGCCUUCCCGGCAACAGAGUGCCUGAAGCCCCCAGACAGUGAGGACUGUGGAGAGGAACAGACACGCUGGCACUUCGAUGCCCAGGCUAACAACUGCCUCACGUUCACCUUUGGCCACUGCCACCGCAAUCUCAACCACUUCGAGACCUAUGAGGCCUGCAUGCUGGCUUGUAUGAGUGGGCCGUUGGCCACAUGCAGCCUGCCCGCCCUGCAGGGACCCUGCAAAGCCUACGUGCCACGCUGGGCCUACAACAGCCAGACGGGUCUAUGCCAGUCCUUCGUCUAUGGCGGCUGUGAAGGCAAUGGAAACAACUUUGAAAGCCGUGAGGCCUGCGAGGAGUCUUGUCCCUUCCCAAGGGGCAACCAGAAUUGCCGAGCCUGCAAGCCACGACAAAAACUCGUUACCAGCUUCUGUCGGAGUGACUUUGUCAUCCUGGGCAGGGUCUCUGAGCUGACCGAAGAGCCUGACUCAGGCCGUGCCCUGGUGACCGUGGAUGAGGUCCUAAAAGAUGAGAAGAUGGGUCUCAAGUUUCUGGGCCGGGAACCGCUGGAAGUCACUCUGCUUCAUGUGGACUGGACCUGUCCUUGCCCCAAUGUGACAGUGGGAGAGACACCGCUCAUCAUCAUGGGGGAAGUGGAGGGGGGUAUGGCCAUGCUGAAACCUGAUAGCUUUGUGGGUGCAUCAAGCACUCGGCGGGUCAGGAAGCUCCGUGAGGUCAUGUACAAGAAAACCUGCGAUGUCCUCAAGGACUUCCUGGGCUUGCAAUGAAGCUAGCCUUGCUACCCUGUCCCUCCUCCGCCCACCCGCUCUGCUCUCAGCUAGCCAUCCAGACAAGUCAGGUUAGACAGCCUUGACUAGGGAAGAAACGUCAGCUAACACGUGGGAAGAAAGCCACCAAUGUCUUAAAGCCACUGAAGUUUUAGCGCCACCCAUAUGCUCUCUCUCCCUCUCCAUGUUCUCCCUUUGAAAAUGGUAGGGAGCACAUGCCCCCCUUUAGAGGUCUGUGGCCCAUCUCUCCAUACUACCAGCCCCUUGACCUUGGACAAUUUGCUUAACCUCUCUGUGCCUUAGAUUAUUGUAUACAAAAUGGGAAUAGUGGUUGUACCCCCUGGGCUUAGAAGAGAGCAGUCAGCUAAAAGAAACCCAGGAGCCUCACAGGUGUUUGGAUUCAAUAAAAUGUCUGUUUCUUCCCUCCACCCUAGCCCUACCCCCAGACAAGGUUUUUCUGUGUAGCUCUGGCUGUCCCGGAAUUUACUCUGUAGACCAGGUUGGCCAAGAACUAAGAGAUCCACCCGCCUCUGCCUUCUGAGUGCUGGGAUUAAAGAUGUGCACUACCAUGUCUGGCUAAAAAGGUCCGUUUCUUUUUUUUUUUUUUUUAGCUGGGAAGGGGGUUGGCAAAAGGGAAGAAAGGACACAUGUAAGUUGUUUUCCAUGAGUGGUUCCCUCAGGCAGUCUCAUUCCCCUUUGCUGACCCGUGCCCCUCUGCCCAGUGUCAGCCUGGGGUCAGGAGGAGAUACCAUCUGCAUUGUUAAAUGGUUUAGCUUGUAUAGGAGGUAAUGUGGGGGGAGAAAAGAGAGGCCAAGGAUCACUUAAGACAACUGCCCCACUGCCUCCUGCCCCCACCACAUCGCUGUAGUCAGAGACCACCCACAUAAAGGGUUGUGAGCAGUGGGAAGCCAGAGCAUUCACCCUAGGCUAUAACUUAUCCUAAUGAAGGCUGCGGGGACCGCUACUUUUGUUGGGGUCGGUUUGUGUCACCACACCAGGGGAAUCCAUGUUUUUUUUCCUGAGCUGCAUCGGUUUCUUGGUUUACUUCUGUUCAUUUCAGCCCAGUGGACCCUUCCUGGGUGCCAGGUGCUGGGACCAUAGAGAGCUGAUACCUCUCUACUGGGCGAGCUGGAAGGCAGUCCCCCACGCUCCCCCCAGGAGCCAGUGGGUGAUUGACAGCGGUUAGGCAUUUCCAUCUGAUGGGUCAGGUGCUUUCAUAUGCCAUAGACUUCCUUGGAGAAGCCCAAAGAUCUGUUUUGGUAGCAAGAGAAAUAAAGAAGACAAAGGCAGGAGGGACAGGGGACAGCAUCAGAGCGGAGGUGGGCCCAGGGAGCAUGAAUAUUGCUCGAUGCUGCCAUCUGGUGGUGCAUUUGGGCACCUGCAGGGGUCGGGAGGAAAGCUCUAUCUGGGUGGGGCCUGGGAGGGGCCUCUUGGAGAUGGCAGCUCUGAGAUCACUUGUUUGUUCUGGUCCCAGCCACACAGGCACUGGAAAGAGGAUUUGGAGCCCCUCUGUCAUCACUGCAUCUGCCCUGUUUCCUCCCCAGCCCUUCACUCUGCCCGCAUUCCCCCAAUGGAAGCACUGUGGGACGUCCUAAUGUCUUCCUCAAAUAUACAGAGGACAAGACUAAAUAAAAAUUCAUAGUGUCAACUGC